GAAUCAUGAAGCGAGAAUCACGAGUAUAUAUUUAGAGCCGCCACUCAUAAAAGACCUACACUAUACUAACCAGUAACCAUAGAGACUUGAGAGAGAGAGAGAGUGCAAAUCUCCGGCUUCGUCAUGGUCAAGGACUCUUCUCAAAACGACCAACCGCUUCUCCAGCCUCACGGUGAUGAUGGACCGGAAUCAAGCAACGGCGAGCUAGAGAGAAUACUCGCCGACGCCGAAAUUCCGACCUUCACCCGCUUUCGCAAAGCCACGGCGAUCGAAUCGAAGCUUCUCUUCAAGCUUGCUGCUCCUGCCGUCAUCGUCUACAUGAUAAACUACCUCAUGUCCAUGUCCACUCAAAUCUUCUCCGGUCAUCUCGGAAAUCUCGAACUCGCCGCCGCUUCCCUCGGCAACACCGGGAUCCAAGUCUUCGCCUACGGUCUCAUGCUAGGAAUGGGUAGUGCGGUGGAGACGCUGUGUGGUCAAGCGUUCGGAGGAGGAAAGUACGAGAUGCUCGGCGUUUAUCUCCAGAGAUCCACCGUCUUGCUCUCUCUCACCGGCGUCCUCCUCACCAUAAUGUACCUCUUCUCCGAGCCGCUCCUGCUUUUACUCGGCGAAUCUCCGGAAAUCGCUUCCGCCGCGUCUCUCUUCGUCUACGGUCUAAUCCCUCAAAUCUUCGCCUACGCGGUUAACUUCCCGAUCCAGAAAUUCCUCCAGGCGCAGAGCAUCGUGGCGCCGAGCGCGUACAUCGCAACCGCGACGCUCUUCGUCCACCUUCUCCUGAGCUGGCUCGCCGUUUACAAGCUCGGGAUGGGGCUGCUCGGAGCUUCGCUCGUGCUCAGUCUCUCGUGGUGGAUUGUAGUGGUGGCUCAGUAUGUUUACAUCGUGACGAGCGAGCGUUGUCGUAAGACGUGGCAAGGAUUCAGCAUGCAGGCGUUUUCCGGUUUACCGAGUUUCUUCAAACUCUCCGCCUCCUCCGCCGUGAUGCUCUGCCUUGAGACUUGGUAUUUUCAGAUUCUCGUUCUCCUCGCCGGACUUCUACCCAACCCGGAACUUGCUCUCGACUCUCUUUCCAUUUGCAUGACGAUUGCAGGUUGGGUGUUCAUGGUCUCUGUUGGAUUCAAUGCAGCAAUAAGUGUAAGAGUGAGCAAUGAACUUGGAGCCAAGAACCCUAAAUCCGCAGCAUUUUCCGUUAUCAUCGUCAACAUUUAUUCGUUAAUCACAAGUGUAAUCUUCGCCAUUGCUAUUUUGGCAUGCCGUGACCUUUUGAGCUAUGCGUUCACUGAGGGUGAAGAAGUCUCGGCGGCGGUUUCUGAUCUCUGCCCGCUUCUUGCCAUAACGCUUGUUCUCAAUGGAAUCCAACCAGUCCUCUCCGGUGUUGCGGUUGGAUGCGGUUGGCAAACGUUUGUCGCUAAAGUUAAUGUUGGAUGUUAUUACAUUAUCGGAAUUCCUCUUGGAGCUCUCUUUGGAUUUUACUUCAAUUUUGGGAUGAUUGGUGGUACGCUUAUACAAACGGUUAUUUUGGGAUGGGUUACAUUUAGAACUGACUGGGUUAAAGAGGUGGAAGAAGCUUCCAUAAGGUUGGACAUAUGGAGCAACAAGAAACAAGAAGUUGUUCUUAACUAAAUGAUGAAAGUCACUGUAAGUUGCAGCUCACCGACAAUUGCUAGUAAAAGAGAUCCAUCGGUUUAAUGGAAACCGAUGUAAUAUAGGACAUGAAUCCUCUAGAGUUCGAUUUUAAUUUUCAUUAAAUUAUGUGCUAGCUUAUAAAAUAAAUAAAAAUUUGUAUGCCAAAUUAAUUUGGUUAUUCUUUUACUAUUAUUGAUUUGCAUAAUGCAUCUGUAUCCCCAAAAUCCUAAUAUCUUAGGAUUAGUUGUUCAAUUAAAUAUUUUUAACAUAGUGUUGUGUGGA